UUGAGUUGAAAUAAAAAAUGGCGCGCUCCGUGCCGUGGGCUUGCAAUGUUCUUAUUUAGUUGAAAGAAAACGUGUGUUAUCAUAAUUAUGACGGCACUAUGGUCACAUCCUAUUAAAAUAAAAUAGACUACGACUAAAGUAAUGAGGGCUGACGGGGCUCUUCACUUAAUAGCAUUAGCUUGGGGACUCAGAACAUCAUUUGUGUGUUGUUGUUUUGCCAGUGUCUAGGAAGCUGUAUAUCUUGUGUAUGUUACUACGUUUUCGAGCCUCGGUAAAAUGUCAGUGAAUGGACAUGUAAUCCCACAUACCCCGCUGGCUGUAGACUUCUGGCAGGUUCGCAAGUGUCCACACGCUCGCCUGUUUUUUCUAUCUCACAUGCACAGCGACCACACAGUUGGUUUAACUUCUACAUGGAGCGACCGACCGAUCUACUGCUCCCCAGUAUCUGCUGCACUCUUGAAACUAAAACUACAGGUGAAACAGCAAUGGGUCCGUCCUCUGGAGUUGGAUGAGCCGUACAUGCUGCCGUUGGAUGACAUCGGCAAGGAAAGACUGACGGUCACACUUAUAGACGCCAACCACUGCCCAGGGUCCGUCAUGUUUCUUUUCCAGGGUUACUUUGGCUCGAUACUCUACACAGGUGACUUCAGGUACGCUCCCUCGAUGCUACGUGAGCCUUGCCUCAGGAAUGACAUCCACAUAGACCUCCUGUACCUUGACAACACCAACUGUGACGCCACCCGGGUCCUGCCAACCAGGCAGAGAGCCACAGAGAAGAUCAAAGAGAUCAUCCGCAGCCACCCCGACCACAACGUUGUCAUCGGUCUGUACUCCCUGGGGAAGGAGUCUCUGAUCGUCUCCCUUGCCCUGGAGUUCAAGAGCUGGGUGGAGGUCAGCGCUGAGCGCAUGGAGACCCUCCGCCUGCUGGGGCUCCCGGACGUGUUCACCACUGACGAGGGGGCCGGCCGCCUGCGGUUGGUGGAGCAGACGGAGGUCCGCUACUCCAACAUGCAGAAGUGGAACCAGGUUUACCCUACCCUGGCCAUACUGCCCACCAGCAGGCCCGCGGUGCCCUACCAUCCCAAUGUGCACGUGGUGCCCUACUCGGACCACUCCUCCUACCGGGAGCUGGAGGACUUCAUCUCGGCGCUCAAGCCGGCCGCCGUGGUCCCCAUCGUGGGCACCUGUCUCCCGGGCAGCUUCACGGCUCUGCUGCCCCGCAAAAAGCGCCACGACUUCCUGGUGCCCGAGUCGGUGCAGAACUACAUGCUGAAGCAGCCGGCGGUCCAACCCAGACACAGAGGCCCGGCCCCUAGGUACAAGAGGGCACGCCCUCCUCCGCGGGGGGUCGUGUUUGAGUCUCCCUCCAAGAGCUCGGAGGGCUCAACAAACGUGAGCAGGGCUUCGAUCAGCCCGGGAAGCACUGCUCCUGUGGUUGAGGAGGUGGUGGAGUUGGUGUGGGAGGAGGAGGUGGAGGAGGAGGAGGUGGAGGACGAAGUCCAUAUUGUUCGAGAAAAGAGUCAGCGACGUGUCCCUGUCGAAUGUUACAAGAGGAAUCACUACAUGUGUGGUAUGAACGUCGUUAAUACAGUUUACGAUGACUCUUCCACAAUGAAGGUCCUCACAAACAUCGUUCCCGCUUUAACGCCCAUCAAAGUCAGAAGAGUGACGUCUGCACCCAGAAGAGCCGCAAACGGAAUGGCGGGGUCAAGCUGGGACGUCACGUGUUCCUCUAACAAACCGUUGAAGGAGAGUGUCAAGGCGGGGGUCGUACGGUCUCCUGGAACACUGGAGGAGAUGGAAGGGAGUGUUUUACAGCGGCUGCCGUUCAAUCAGGAGGACAUGAUGAACGCUGGGCUGCUGGACCGCAGGCUGGUCCAGCGGUUCUGCCUCGUUCCUUUCCCCCAUAACCAGGAGGACCAGACCCCCUUCCUGUAGGCCGGGCUUUUGGACCGGAUGCACUUGGUGCCAGACUACGUUUUGAAAGGCACUCCAGCACACAUCACUGCAUUAUUAUCCCUGAUCUUUACCUAAAGGGGAUGCCUUUGUGCUGUCCUUCUGUUUUUCUGUUCUGAAGAUGAAUAAUAAUGGAGAACGUAUUUGUUAGUAACCAUCCUCAUGUCAAAAGAGCUAAGCGACCUACGUUCUAAGAAGAUAAUGUUAGCUCAGGUAUUUUCAGGCCGGUAAAGAUAAAAAUGUUCUUUGAUUUUCCAUCAUUGUUUCCCGAUUAUGUUAAGUGAGUCAUUAUGUCUGUGUAGUGUUUACUAUGGACAUUUGAUGUCUUUUGUGGUUUGGGUUUAAGUACUAUUUUAGUUGAGUGGUUAAUUUGAGAGCUCAACGGUCUGAAGUUGUACACUCAAUGCUCAUCCAACAUGAGCAUUGAGACAGCACUCUUUCUAUACAGCCUCUUAAUAGUAAUACCACCCCAGUAAGCACUUGGGCGCUUUGAUUUAUUCACAAGGAGUUGGAACUAGACGAUUGGACUUGAAGCGCCAGAAAAAGUCCUAUUUUGUUUGAUUAAUAUGUUUGAUUGAAGAUUCGGAUGUCCAGAGCUUGUUGGCUGUGACAUGAGGUUAACUUGUUAAUAUUUCAGCCAUUAUGUGGUAAUAAAACAUGCAUAUUAAUGUUA